AAACCGCAAACGGUCGGUUCCACUCGUGGCGCCACGCUGGUAGAGAUGUUUCCCGCCCUUUCUGGGGUUCGGAGGCAGAAGUUCGGGGUUCUUUUUGACGCCAUCGUAGACAGCAGUUCGCUGGGACACUAAGUCCCUGGUUUGCCAUUAGUUCUUCAAAGGUAAAAGGGGCCGAGUUGUUUCUGAAGAGGGAAACCAGAGUCGGGGUGCGACUGGAAAACCAGAGUCGGGGUGCGACCGGGAACCCAGAGUCGGGUGUGAAACGGCCCCCUCGCCUCCUCCUGGGUCGAGAAGAAAGAAAAUGGAGAAGCAGAAACCCUUUAAAUUGUUUGUACCACCAAGGCUAAGCAGCAGCCAAGUGUCUGCAGUGAAACCCCAGACCUUGGGCGGAGACUCUAACUUCUUCAAGAGUUUCAACAAAUGUAUUGAAGAUGAUUUUGGUUUUCCAUUUGCGAUGACUAAUCUCUCCAAAAGUGGGGAAAACAUUGAUCCAGAUCCUGCCUUACAAAAAGUUAACAUUUUGCCCAUGCUUGAGCAGGUUGAUAAUUCUAAUAGUUGUCACUAUCAGGAAGGACUAAAAGACUCCGAUUUUGAGAAUUCAGAGCCAAUGAGUAGACUAUAUUCAAAACUGUAUAAGGAGGCUGAAAAGAUAAAAAAAUGGAAGGUGAAUGUAGAAUCUGAUGUGAAGCAAAAAGAAAAUAAGUUGCAAGAAAACAGAAAAGUAAUUGAAGCACAGCGAAAAGCCAUUCAGGAACUACAGUUUGAAAAUGAAAAAGUAAGCCUGAAAUUAGAAGAAGAAAUUCAAGAAAAUAAAGAUUUAAUAAAAGAGAACAAUGCUACAAGGAAUUUAUGUAAUCUACUCAAAGAAACAUGUGCUAGAUCUGCAGAAAAGACAAAGAAAUAUGAAUAUGAACGGGAGGAAACAAGACAAGUUUAUAUGGAUCUAAACAAUAACAUUGAGAAAAUGAUAAUAGCUUUUGAGGAACUUCGUGUGCAAGCUGAGAAUUCCAGACUGGAAAUGCAUUUUAAGUUAAAGGAAGACUAUGAAAAAACCCAACGCCUUGAAGAAGAAUAUAAGAAGGAAGUAAAUGACAAGGAAAAGCAGAUGUCACUACUUUUGGUCCAGAUCACUGAAAAAGACAAUAAAAUUAAAGAUUUAACAUUUCUGCUAGAGGAAUCCAGAGAUAACAUUAAUCAAUUAGAGGAAAAGACAAGAUUACAGAAUGAAAACUUAAAAGAAUUAAAUGAGAAGCAGGAUCAUUUGACAUCAGAACUAGAAGACAUUAAAAUGUCUUUGCAAAGAAGUAUGAGUGCUCAGAAAGCCUUAGAGGAAGAUUUACAGGUAGCAACAAAAACAAUAUAUCAACUCACUGGAGAAAAAGAAGCCCAAAUGGAAGAAUUUAAUAACACUAAAACUGCCCACUCAUUUGUUGUUACUGAACUUAAAACUACUAUCUGUAACUUGAAAGAAUUACUGAAUACAGAACAGCAAAGGCUGGAAAAAAAUGAAGACCAGUUGAAAAUAGUUAACAUGGAGCUUCAGAAGAAAUCAAGGGACCUUGAAGAGAUGAAUAUGUUAAAAAAUAACAAAGAAAUAGAAAUUGAAGAAUUGAAAAAAAUCUUGGCUGAAAACCAAAAGCUUUUAGAUGAAAAGAAACAGUUUGAGAAGAUUGCUGAAGAAUUAAAAGGAGCAGAAAAAGAACUAACUGGUCUUCUCCAGACCAAAGAGAAAAAAGUACAUGAUUUGGAAAUUAAAUUAACUGCCAUUGAGACAAGCGAGCAGCAUUAUUUAAAACAGGUUAACGAUAUGAAAACUGAGCUUGAAAAUGAGAAGCUUAAGAAUACUGAAUUAACUGCAAACUGCAAUAAACUUUCACUAGAGAACAAAGAACUUGCACAAGAAACAAGGGAUAUGGCUUUAGAACUCAAGAAACAGCAAGAAGAUAUUAAUAAUAGCAAAAAACAAGAAGAAAGGAUGUUGAAACAAAUAGAAAAUCUGAAAGAAACAGAAACACAACUAAGAAAUGAAAUGGAAUCUCUGAGAGAGGAGCUAAAACAGAAAGGAGAUGAAGUUAAAUGUAAACUGGAUAAGAGUGAAGAAAUUGCUCGAAGCAUUGAAUGUGAAGUUUUAAAAAAAGAUAAACAGAUGAAGAUAUUAGAAAACAAGUGUAACAAUUUAAGGAAACAAGUUGAAAACAAAAGCAAGUAUAUUGAAGAACUUCAGCAGGAGAAUAAAAUGUGGAAAAAGAAAAGUACAGCAGAAGGCAAGCAAUUGAAUGUUUAUGAAAUAAAGGUCAGUAAAUUAGAAUUAGAACUAGAAAGUUGCAAACAAAAGUUUGAAGAAAUGACUGACAGUUAUCAAAAAGAAAUUGAGGAAAAAAAGGUAUCAGAAGAAAAUCUUUUAGGAGAGGUUGAGAAAGCAAAAGUAAUAGCUGAUGAAGCAGUAAAAUUACAGAGAGAAAUUGAUUUACGAUGUCAACAUAAAAUAGCUGAAAUGGUGGCACUUAUGGAAAAACACAAGCACCAAUAUGAUAAGAUGGUUGAAGAAAGAGACUCAGAAAUAGGACAUUUAAAAGCCAAAGAACAAGAGCAUUCAUCAGUGAAAGCAUCUUUGGAGGUUGAGCUAUCCAAUCUCAAAAAUGAACUUACAACCUUUAAGAAGCAACUUGAAAUAGAAAGAGAAGAAAAAGAAAAACUCAAAGGAGAGAUGGAAGAGAAUAGAGUUAGUCACAAAGAAAAAAGAGACAAGAGAACACAAACAUUGGAAACACCUGAAACUAAGUAUUGGAAAGUUGAUUGUAAAGCAACUCCUCCACAAAAUAAAUCUCGAACUUUCACAUCAACAGAUCAUGGCAAAUCCAAAGAUAAAAGGGACUGUUUGUGGACAUCUGCCAAAAAUGCUUUAUCUACACCAUUGCCAAAGGUAUAUACAGUGAGGACACCAACAAAACUUAAAAUACAGGAAAGAGAAAACAGGAAUAUACCUGCUGAAGAAAAUACUAAAAAGAGAAAAGCAGUCUAUGAAUUUGAUGUUAAUUCAGACAGUUCGGAAACUACUGAUCUUUUGAGCAUGGUUUCAGAGGAAGAGGCAUCAAAAAAACUGCACAAGAAAACUAAUUCAUCAGCUCAUUUUUAUACCAGAACACCAAAAAAGACCCCUUCAUAUCCAACAAACCCUGGAUCUACACUGAAGUUUGGAGCUAUGAGAAAAAUACAAGAGGACCGUUGGGCUAUGCUUGCUAAAACAGAUAGGCGAAGAAAACUAAAAGAAGCAGAAAAGCUGUUUGUUUAAUUUCAGAAAAUCACUGUAUUAAGGUACCCAAUAACUUCAAAGUUAGAGUUAAUUUUUUCUUAUUAUUUUCCUAUGAGCUAAACUUAAUAUUGUCAUUGAGACUUUAAAAUAUUUGCGUAAAAUUUUUUCUUUGAAUUUUUGCCCAAGUGUU